CUGAAGCAGUCUCCGAUCUCCGGGCUUUUUAUUUAGUUUGGGAACACCCUAGUUACAUGAGGUUCAGUUACUAAAGGGGGUGGGGGAAACACACCAACUGAAACCUAUUCAAGCUUGCUUCAUACCGCACAAUCAACUCCUAACACAAUAUUCUAUAGGAAACGGUCUGAGGGGUCAGAGGGGAAACGACCCCCUCUGCAUUUCUCCUUUUCAGCGCUGUUGCAGAUUCACUUGAGGGUGCGAUCAAUGCUGACAGUUGUCUCCUCCAGUCACGAGCAGUUUGUUGCUGUCAGUUAUUUCCUUAAGUCACGCGCAGUCAGUUUCUGUAAAACAGCAUAGUCUACACAAGAAGUUCUAAAUACACACACACUUAUAAAGAUGAGAUAAAUUAUAUACUUUUAUUCCAACACUCUCCCUCUUACGCUAUGUGCCGCUAUGUGUUGCUCUGUCAAAUAAAAUUAUAAUUAAACAACCUGAAACGUGUGUUUGUAAACGUGAAAAACUGAAUGGGGUAUGAAUUUUUUUUUUUUGCAGGGCUUUAUUUUGAAAGGAACUAGCGGAACCGAUGGUGAUACUCCACCAACAUGAUUGACUCUGGGUGUCUUCCCCAGAGAAACGUCAGUAUUUACAUCAAUAUUUUCUGAAGGCAUUUCCGAUAUCCUCUGUUCGCCUCGGACAGGGAUUCCGCCCGUCGGUAGGACCGCUUCCGAUACACACAUUAUCAUUAUUAUUACUAUUAUUAUUUUUCUUCUCCAUUUUUUCCCCUCCCUCCAUGCAACGGUGGCUAGCUCCGUCCGUCUUUGUGUGAUUUGGAGCGGUUUCCUGUGAUGUUGCUGAGCGAUCCCGGUCUGCCGUGUGCACUGCAGUGGUGCGCAGCGUCGCCUGGAGAAACACCUGUGCGCCUCCGCUCUCCGCUGGGCGGCCUCGGCCACGCAUGCUGAGUAGAGAAGAGACAAUCCUAGGCAAGGUGUCUGUCUGCAUUUGUCGGAGAGAGAGGCGCGAGGGAGCAGCGCAAACACUUCACGGCCCGACGCCAUGCAAGCAGAAACCUACCCUCACCACAAAGCGCUGAAAUGCUAGACCUGAAGAGCGAGAGUGUCACAUCCAAUCAGCAGACUGUUUACAUCGGAGGCGGCCAGAAGAGCCGCUUGACACUAGACUCCAUAACAGCAAGCGUGUGGUUUAAGGCCCCCUUCAGUCACAAUCAAGAAAAGACGCAUUAACUGGUCCUUCAUCAGCACUUUGUACUUCUGUUGGGUUCAGCAGCCCAGAGGCGAGCUGAGAUGGAGUGGUCGCUGGAGAGCGUGAGGGAGAUGGUGGCCGGCGGGAUGCAGUCUGUGAGGGAAUGCGAGAUCUGUGCGUUCGCCAUAGCCAUGUGUGUGCUGCUGCUGUUCAUGUGGUACUGCUACAGAGUGGGCCGCGAGCACGGCACCAGCCCCUUGCGAGGGAGGUACCUGAGCGGGACCAGCCGGAUCGGAGGGGUCGUCGGGGGUUUCAUGAGCUCAGACUGUCGGGGCAGGGGCAAAGGGAAGCACGGGUCACUCCUGGAAGAGCAGAACGGCUUCGCCUUCUGCCAGUCGUCCGAGUGCUUCCGAUGCACCAGCGCCGGCGAGAGCCUGAACCAGAGGCUCUACCACAGCCUUCAGGAAUACGCCAAGCGCUACACCUGGUCCGGCAUGGGCCGCGUGCACAAAGGAGUCCGCGACCAAGGCCGCUACCUCAACAGCCGGCCAACUAUCCAGCGGCCGGAGGUCUUCUUCCUCCCCGACCUGCCCUCAGCGCCAUUCUUCUCCAGAGAAGUGCAGAGACACGACGUGGAGCUGCUGGAGCAGAGCUUCCCCGCCCUUCUGGCCGAGUUUGAGAGCAUCUACCACCAGCCCCCGGCCCGCAGCGGCUCUUCCCUCCCACCUGGCUGGAAGGCUAACAGCACCCCUCGCGGUCAGUGGUGGACUUACUACCUGGUGAACCAAGGCACCCCUUUGGUCCUUAACGUCAGGAGAUGUCCACGCGCGUGGCGGGUGCUGGGCCAGCUGCGCACCUUCAUCGCCAACAAUGUCUUCGGAAAUGCCUGCUUCUCCGUGCUGACGCCCGGAGCUCUCAUUACGGAACAUUACGGUCCAACAAAUGUCAGGCUGCGCUGCCACCUGGGUCUCAGAGUGCCUCCGUCCUGUGAGCUGGUGGUUGGUGGAGAGCCACAGUGCUGGUCUGAGGGCAGCUGUCUACUUUUUGACGACUCUUUCCUCCACAGGGCUUUCCACGAUGGCAACCCAGAGGACGGCCCCAGGGUGGUGUUCAUGGUGGACCUGUGGCAUCCCAAUGUGGCUGCUGCUGAGAGACAAGCUUUGGAUUACAUUUUCACCCCGGGCCGCUUAGAGGACAGGGAAGGGAAAUAGUUGCGAGUGAGAAUCCUUUAUUUUUGAGCGAAAGACCGUUGGAGUUUAGCGUCUGUGUGAUUGGAGAGCGGCUCUUUCUCUGCCUCCAGAUCAGCUUUUCACGUUCACUGUGUACAUAUUCUACGGCUCUCACAGUAUUACUCAUAACUCUACUCUGCAGAUAACCAGACAUUGGGCCUCUCUUAUCAACUGCCUUUUCACCUGUGGAGCCAUAAAGCGUCAUAGUCUUAUUGUAUUAUCUAUGUGUAGAGCACUUCACCCAAACCUUGUCAGUUUUAAACAUUUUAUAAUUUAGGUAACGCACUGAAGAGGUUUUGUUGUACCUAAAGUUGUCCUAUACGCCGAUGAGUCAUUGGUGUUUAUUUCAAAGCUUCGUGUUUCCUUUAAGUUACGUGUUAUCCUGUUUACACAGAUUGGUCACUUUUCGAUCUGUAUGAACGGAUUGAAAAGUGGAUGUAAUUGUAAAUGAAAUUUGAAUUCAAGGGAUAUUUGUCUUUGAAAUACUGAAGCACUUCCACAGAGGUGUCUGCAGAGUAAGCCCGAUAACGAGAAGGUACACGUGUCUCAAAGGAAACAUUUUGAAAUGAUAAAAUUAUGUCAAACAGCCCAUUUUGACGGUAACUCCGAGACAGCUUAUGGCAUCUGAGAUUUCUGUUUUUGUAAGGGUCAGCCAGUUUGGGUUUUUUUAGGCUUAACACAAAGUGAAUAGGAUAUACCAAGACAGAGUAGAUCACUGAAGUUCAGCCGGGGGUAUUUUCUAAGCUUGAAAGGAGAACAAAAGAGGGAAACUUAAAACUGUUUUCAUAAACGAUGCUUAAGAUGCACUUAGAGCACUCUAAAGGAACCACACACUGAAAUUCCCACCAUUAUUCAACAAUCAUGAAAUKAUUAAUAUUUAUUUAUUUACAACAUAUUGUUUGGACUAUAAUUUAACUAUAUUUACUGUACAUAAGCCUUCCUGGUUAUGAUGCCAUUUUUCCUAAGUACCUAAACGUGUAGUCCUUACAUCUGACGUAACCUGUUAUUUAUACACCAUACCACAGGACCGUGCCGGACCUUUCUUACUGUUAGAUGACAAAUGAUGAAUGUUUAUCUGCAUAUAUUCUAGUGUUUUAACUAAUCAAUCCCUACAUUGCAUUUUUCUAACUUUGGGCUGAUUUUACAGAAGGAAAAAAAGGCAGUUCUGUGUUUGGACAUGGAGAUUGUUUGUUUUGGUCACUAGCUAAAGGAGUUGAACAGUUUAGGUAUAGAUAAGGAGCGGAGCGCAUACAAGGUUUUAAAUUAACCAAAUCCAUUCAUGCCAUUUCUUAGAACAUAAUGGGUCCAACCAAUUUGGUCAACUAUUAAUGAAGACUCUAUUGACAACAUGGAAAUCCUGCCUACAUUCCCACAAGGGCUAAAAAAUAUAUCAUUUGGUGUUUUUCUUUUAUGUGUCUCUACAAUUCCAGUUGGAUCUGCAUUCAGAUUUUCCGGAUUCGAGCACUUUAGAAUGUUUACAUUUCUCUGAAUGACUGGAUUUCUGACACAUUGUCAGUGAUUGUAUUACCCGUCACAACUGGCAAAAAGUCACAAUUACGCAUUGUUUUUUAUUAACCUAUACUUAAAAAAAGAAAAAAGACCUGUCUAAAAAGCACAUUGAGCCACAUUUAAGCAGCACAGAACUGUUGCAUAAGCAGGAAGGGAUGACUUUAAAUUUUUAAUGAAGGGCCGGGUACAUUAAAGCAGGGAAUCUUUGGCUUUUUUUUUUCUUUCUUUUAUACAUGCAUCCAGACAAAAGAGACACUACAAUCUUUUUCCCCCCUCUUUUUACAUCAGGAAUAGGAUUUGAUAACUGAGGUCCAAUGUCGGCGAUGAUUUGAAUGUUUACAGUUGCGGAUGCUGUCUCCGUCCCCCAGGCCCGCCGGUGUGGUGGGUAAUUGUGCUCCCCUUUGAAAAUCAGUCCCGUUUUCACUGGACACGGUUGCAUAAGCACAUUUUAAGUUGCAAAUCGGCCUGCGCAGCGAAACCGGACAGAUGAAGGAUUUUAUUUAUUUGGUAAUAUUUACUAAGCUCCUCUUAAUUUGGUCGUAUUUGAUAUACCAGGUUUGUAUUUCUGUAAAUACGUUUGAAGUGGAAAGAAACCCAAAACCCGGAAUGCCCCGACAUGUGCUGAAAUGACUUUCCCCCGAUGCUUUAACUAUUGUGUUGUCUUGAUUUUAUAGCUAAAGUGAUUGCUAAAGUCAUCCUCCGACUGAAAAAGCCUACCAUGAAAAACAAAACAAAACAAAAAAAAAAAAAACGUUUUCGAUAGAUUUGAUCGGUACGUUCUGUGAAAUGUUUAUGAAGUACUCUGUUGUUCUGUGAUGUUUUCUUUAGAUCACUGUAAUUUUUGCAGCUCGGUAUAAAAGAAGUCACCAAGCCGUACUCACUCGACAAGCCUCCAUGAAUAAAUGUGCGCAGGUAGUGAAGAUGAAUCCCCUCGGCUUUACUCGUCCGCUGCAACUCAAGCGACCCGUGUUCAGUUCUGAUGUUUACAAAGCCGCGGCCAUUUACAUGCCAUCUAACGACACCAAACAACAUUGACUACUACGUUGAGCUGUGCAUAAUUGGGUUUGAAAAUCAACAGUGCUGCGAAAACUGGUGAAGGGGAGAGGAAAAAAAACCCUCCCCCAAAGCACUGGCUUUGUGCACACUGUCUGAUGGGGCGCCCAUUUUGUUUACAUUUGGAUUAAGGAUUUUGUCCUUUAACACUUUCUUGUGUGGAUUUUGAACAGUAUUUCUGUACAUUUAAUAAAUGGUGGAGUAUCUUAUUUAA